AAUACUUUGAAAUCGAACGCGCACAGCGCGCAAUGCAGGCUGCAGUUCAAUCAUUUUGCCUCUGAGAUGGAUCCAAAAAAUAUAGCCAAAACGUGUGCCAUGAAGGAGAAAAGCAAAAAUGCUGCACGCACGCGUCGUGAAAAGGAGAAUACGGAAUUUUGUGAAUUGGCCAAAUUAUUGCCGUUGCCGGCGGCGAUAACGUCGCAGCUGGACAAGGCGUCCGUCAUACGUCUGACCACAUCCUAUUUGAAAAUGCGUCAAGUUUUUCCCGAUGGACUCGGUGAAGCCUGGGGCUCCUCGCCUGCGAUGCAGCGUGGCGCAACCAUCAAGGAGCUGGGCUCGCAUCUGCUGCAGACGCUGGACGGCUUCAUCUUCGUGGUGGCACCUGAUGGCAAAAUCAUGUACAUCUCGGAGACGGCCUCGGUGCAUUUGGGUCUCAGUCAGGUCGAGCUGACGGGCAACUCCAUAUUUGAGUACAUACAUAGCUACGAUCAGGAUGAGAUGAAUGCCAUAUUGUCCUUGCACCCGCACAUGCAUCAGCAUCCAGCUGCCUUUCUCAACUCCCUACAGCUCGCUCAGACGCACACGCCCAUUGGCAGCCCGAACGGCGUGCAGCAUCCGUCGGCCUAUGGCCACGAUCGUGGCUCGCACACGAUCGAGAUCGAGAAGACGUUCUUCCUGCGCAUGAAAUGUGUUUUGGCCAAGCGUAACGCGGGCCUCACAACCUCCGGCUUUAAGGUGAUACAUUGUUCCGGCUACCUGAAGGCGCGCAUUUACCCGGACUGCGGCGAUGGCCAGGGCAGUCUGAUACAGAAUCUCGGCCUGGUUGCCGUCGGUCACUCGCUGCCUUCAUCCGCCAUCACGGAGAUCAAACUGCAUCAGAAUAUGUUCAUGUUCCGGGCCAAGCUUGAUAUGAAGCUCAUCUUUUUCGAUGCACGCGUAUCGCAGCUAACCGGCUACGAGCCGCAGGACCUUAUCGAGAAGACGCUCUAUCAGUACAUCCAUGCCGCGGACAUCAUGGCCAUGCGCUGCUCCCAUCAAAUCCUGCUGUACAAAGGACAAGUUACCACCAAAUAUUAUCGCUUCCUGACCAAAGGCGGCGGCUGGGUGUGGGUGCAAUCGUAUGCCACACUGGUGCACAAUUCGCGUUCCUCCCGCGAGGUCUUCAUCGUGAGCGUCAACUACGUGCUCAGCGAGAGAGAGGUCAAAGACUUGGUGCUCAACGAGAUCCAGACGGGCGUCAUCAAGCGUGAGCCCAUCUCGCCGGCUGCCCAGGCGGCGGCCGUGGCCGCUGCAGCAGCCAGCGUCUCGGCGGCGGCGGUCAACGUCUGUGUUGCAGCACAGCAGCAACAGCCGCUGCCGCUGGCGCAGCCACAGUCGCAGUCGCAGGCCCAGCAGCAACAUCCGGCUUCGAGCACACCAACGUUGAGUGUGAGUCCCAAGCUGGAUCCGUACUUUGAGCCGGAGCUGCCGCUGGCGGUGCUGCCGCAGCCGCCCAAUGCCGUCACGCCCGUCAAUGCCAACGCCAGCAACAGCAGCAACAACAACAACAACAACGCCAACAAUAAUAGCAACAGCAACAGCGUGUGGCAUCAGCAACACGCCCAGCUGCACCAGCAUUCAGGCAGCAUGGAUCACGACAGCCUUAGCUACACUCAGCUCUAUCCGCCACUCAACGAUCUGGUGGUUAGCUCCAGCAGUAGUGCGGGCGGCGGCACUGCGUCUAGCGCCGGCGGCAGCGGCUCCAGUGCAUCGGCCUCGUCGUCCGGCGUCUACUCAACGGAAAUGCAGUAUCCGGACACRACAACGGGCAGCCUCUACUACAACAACAACAAUCAUUAUUACUAUGACUAUGAUGCGACCGUGGACGUGGCCACGUCCAUGAUGCGUCCCUUCUCGGCCAACUCGAACAGCUGCUCGAGCAGCUCGGAAAGCGAUCGCCAGUUGUCCACGGGCAAUGCGUCCAUUGUGAACGGCACCUCACCCUCACAGACCACGUACAGCGAUCUGAGUCACAAUUUCGAGCUGAGCUACUUCUCYGACAACAGUUCGCAGCAGCAGCAACAGCAACAACAUUUGAUGGAGCAACAACAUUUGCAGCAGCGAUUGCAUGUGCUUCAGCUCUAA